AUGAUACCUCUCUACCUCUCAGCCUCGUGCAAACAGCGGCCCGGAGAGGAGAAAGAGGAGCCCGAGCUGUUUCUAAAGCCAUCGGACGUAACCGCCGUCACCAGGAAGAUCAGCCCCUGCGCAAAGGCUGGAGAGGCGAGGAGGAAAAGACCCUACUACAGGAGCCCGAGCGCCAAGAAAAGCUUCGCGCCGAGCCCGGAGAGGAUAUCUCCAUGCAAAAGGAGCCCCAGGAAAGAGCACAGGUUAAGUUCCUUUAACUUGUCUCCAACACCAGUUAGCGCCAGGCGCGAUUCGUGGCGUCGCUCGAGCCUGAUGGGGACAAAACGCCGCAAAUCUCUGCCUCCCUUUCACCGGGAUAUCACUGCACUGAGCAAAUCAAUCAGCCUAGAUUUGCCAGAGACAGAGAGACUUUCCAUGCUACUGCUGUCCAGUUUCCAGUUUUCUGCCCAAAAGCUUGAAGAUGCCUUGAAGGAGACAGAAGGCUUUAAUCCUGAGGCUUUCCAGGCUAAUGUGAUUUCAGUUACAGAAGAGCUGAAGCAGCACUUGCAGAAACUGGAACUUGAUGGGACACUGAAGAAGUGUGUGGAGGAUCCUAUGGGGGUUUCAUCGGACUCCGCUUUAGCCGAGUCAGUGGCCCAAAUUAAGGAGUAUAUGGCCAGGUUUUCUACUGAAUGUCAAGCUUGGGAUCAACUUUUACUGGACUACCAGAAAAACGCUGAAGAAAUGUCCAGGCGCCUAAAGGAAUGCAAGGUUAGUGGAGGCAGCUCAGAGCCCGAGAGUUAUCUAGGAACAUCCCAGGCCGAAGUUCUCGGCAGCAAGCCCAACUACCAGAAGAUACUCGAUGACCAGGGAGAAGUCUUUACCUGCAUGGAGCUCGUGCUGGACGAGAUGCUCCAGGCCUCGCGGGUGCUGCAGGCGCUGCUGGAUGACAGCACCGAGACCCUGCGGAGCCUCUCCAGUAACCUGAUGAUGGAUGGAAUUCCCUUCACACUACACCCCAAAUUUGAAAGCAGCAUCAAUCCUGGCAAGCGGGCGAGUAUUCCUGGUGUUGCUACAGGUGUGACUGUUAAGUCUCUUGCUGAGAUUGACAGAGAGUACGACUAUACUUUUGUGGUUGAAAGGGCUGCAGCUGCCCGCCUCAUUUCUUAG